UGUGCGUGUGUGUAUGUGUGUGUGUGCUGUAUGCUCUCCCUGUCAUCUCGGCGCGCGUGCUUCAGUGCUUCAGUCCAGGACACAUUUUAGAGAGAGAGAGAGAGAGAGAGACAGAGAAACAUAGAGGUGUAUAUAUACAGACAGAGGUAGAGCGAGUUAGAGAGAUAGACAGAGGGAGAGAGAGAGACGGUGUGUGUUUCUGACCAGAGAUGGGCUCCAGAGGCUGCAGAAGCUCAUCAUCUUCUUCAUUGCUGCAGCCUGGAAGAUGCUAUUUUUCACCACGUGAAUAAUGAAUGGGGCACUCAUGGCUGACCACUCUGCAUUUUAAUGCUGUUUUCAGGGAUUCAUCUGUCAUUUUUGGCUGAGAUGAGAGCAGGCUGCUGUGGGAGCGGUGGUGCUUUGCUGUUGAAGAAUCUGUAGAGCAACAAGGAUGCAGGAUUUCUGGACAUGAUAUGAGAUGUUUGAGGCAUGAUGGUGUGAAUGAGAAAACAAACACCAACCCCUUGAUUUAUUUGCAACCGAUAAGCAAAAAGAAGAAAGAAAACAACCCGAAUCAAAAUCAGUUAAUGCACCGAAUCAUACUAGUGACACCUGAUUAUACCACAAGCUUCCACGACACGAUUCCACCAAGUCUACCCCAGCUUCUGGUGCUGUGCAGCUCCAGCUCCACGAGGUCUGCAUCCAGGCGAUGGUCCCUGGAACACCAGCAGCCAUGCUCCCCGCUUCAGAAGCCGCUAAAAUCUACCAGACCAACUACGUGAGGAACUCCCGAGCCAUUGGAGUUCUCUGGGCCAUCUUCACCAUUCUCUUCGCCAUCGUCAACGUGGUCUGCUUCAUCCAGCCCUACUGGAUUGGCGACGGGGUGGACACCCCCCAGGCCGGCUACUUCGGCCUCUUCCACUACUGCAUCGGAAACGGACUGUCACGAGACCUCAAGUGCUACGGCAGCUUCACCAACUUCAGCUCCAUCCCUUCGGGUGCCUUCAAGGCUGCUUCCUUCUUCAUCUGCACCUCUAUGGUCCUGGUGCUCACCUGCAUCGCCUGCUUCGCCCUCUUCUUCUUCUGCAGCACUGCCACCGUCUACAAGAUCUGCGGGUGGAUGCAGCUGGCGGCAGGUACGUGUCUAGUGUUGGGAUGUCUGAUCUAUCCGGACGGUUGGGAUGCGGAUGAGGUGAAGAGGAUGUGCGGGGAGCAGACGGAUAAGUACACUAUUGGAGCGUGCUCAGUGCGCUGGGCCUACAUCCUGGCAAUCAUGGGCAUCCUGGACGCCCUCAUCCUCUCCUUCCUCGCAUUCGUCCUGGGCAACCGGCAGGAUGGGCUCAUGGGGGAGGAGCUUCUGGGAGACAGUUGAUUCUGCCCAGUAAAGGAACCCGAUUUAACGUUAAGUGAUCCAGCUUAUCAUCCUAUGCGUGGGUGUUUGGAGUGUCCAAUGGAUUUUGGAGCAAAUGAAGGAAGUGAGGAAUGAGAAAGGAAAGAAAAGGUUAAUGGUGCCCAUUUUCUGCCCACACUGACCACUGCCCACCUUCUACUGAGGAAGAAUAUGGAUUUAACCCUUCAUCCACUGGUUUCAGCGCAGAAUGGAGGAAUGAAAACAGGGUCGUGUGACCAUUAUUUCAUCAACGUACAUCUUAAAUUACACUAUUCACACCCAUCACAUCUGUUUUUAUAUUUCUCUUUGUUACACACACACACACACACACACACGCAAAACAUUUACUUAAUAUUAGCUCUGAGCUGAAAUACACUAAAUGUUUUUGGACCACUUUGCACUCUAAACUCUAAACCAAACCUGAAACAAACUGUAGUGUGGACGGCUGUAGCUUGGACUUCUGGACUACUAGACUCUCCCCUGCACCCCACAGCUUCUGCAGUCUUUACCACCACAGAAGGGUGCCAAUACUUUUGUUCAGAUCUGAGUAAUGGCUCUUAAUAAGAAGAAAAACAUUGUGAUGAUGUUCUGCAGGACUCAACCUGCUUGAUCUGGCUCUGAGACAUACUGAUCUUAAAAACAACAGGGAAAAAAUGAAAAUAUUUAUGUGUGUAUGUUUAGGACAAAAACCUUGUAUCUCCAAAAAAAAAACAUUUUUGAAUUUGAAAGGACAUAAAAAAUUAUAUUAUUAUAAAUGUAUUUUGGAGCAUUUCUAGUGGUCUAUUCAUCAUGAAAUUAUAUACAAUAUAAAGAACAACUACCAGAUUUAUAAUGUAGAGAAAAUAUACAAAGUAAAGUACAAGGUAGUUAGCACUGGGACAAAACAUUGUACCUCCAUUUCUGUCAUAAAAUGAAAGAAUAUGGGCUCUGAGUGGUUCAGCAAGAGUCAUACCUGUCAAGUUUUGGACUUAAAAAUAAGGGAUUUUUUCCGCCGCCCCAACAGCCCAACCGAGGGCUAAAAAUUAUAUAUAUAUAUAUAUUUAAUAGAUUUAAAAUUGAAAUUGAAGGAUGCACACAUUUACAAAAAGGACAUGGACCAGAUAUAUUCCAUAAGUAAAUAAUAGUCCUAAGGGGCUACACAAUUAAUAAUCUUUCAUUAAUACUUCUUUCUAUCGUUCAGUCCACUCCUGAUCAGUUCAGUUAAUUUCAGCCCUCUCCACAUUUUCUCUCUCUCCAGCUCAACCAUCUCCUCUACCCCUUCUAAAUAAUACAUUAUACCACAAUACUUGAGAUUUUAACAAAUUAUAAUAAACCCUAAAACUAGUCCUGAACUAAUAGAGUUUGGAAAUGAAAUAGUUAUUGGCUGAUCAGGCACAUCAGGGCAGGGCAUUAUAUAUAUAUAUAUAUAUAUAUAUAUAUAUAUAUAUAUAUAUAUAUAUAUAUAUAUAUAUAUAUAAAUAUGUAGAUUUUUCUCAAACCCUGAAUAUCUAGCUAAUUCUAAAGUUAAGCUAACUGAGUCACAAGUUGGAUUUUAUUAAACACACAAUGGGUUUAAUUUAUGUUUUGAUUCAGAGAAGAGUCUUUUUAACCAGCUAUCAGAAGCAAUCUCAUCACAGUUUACAUGGUUAAUUACCUUUCUUUUAGAAAAAUCUCCGUAUAUCCAGAUUAGUUUUAACGACAGCUGCUCCGACUAGCUGCCUGAACUCGGGGCUUCCCCACAAUAAACUGCGCUCCGCAAAACCAGCAAGCUGAUUGGCUGUUUCUCCUGAAAGGCGGGACUUUCUCCUUGAACCGGCACCACGAUUGGUUAAGAGACACACAGCGAUCAGUGCAUUGUCGCCUGUGGCCUAUUUUUAUUUUAUUUAAUAUAAUACGGGAAAUUUACGGGAAAAUACUAAUACGGGAGGACGGCGGGAAAGAGGAGUAAAAUACGGUAGUUUCCCGGCCAAAACGGGAGACUUGACAGGUAUGAAGAGUAGCCUGAGGAUAGCCAGCAGCAGCCGGAGUCUGAGAGACUUCAGCUGGUCAUACUGUUUGUCUCUGGGUGGGUACAGUAGGUAGCACUCUCUGCCCUCAUUACUCCCACUGUGCUGGUCAGUACAGGUGUCUGUUAGAUGAUGCAUCAGAGCUGAGGAUCUGGUGCUUACCUCUGAGUGUGCUGUGAUAAUGUAUUGAUUAGUAACAAUUGAAAAAGAGGCGGAGUAAGACUUCAAAUGUAUUUUUAACGCUAAAUGGAUCAAUAGAAACCCAAAACUCUGUCAAGUUCUGUCAAGAGGUACAAGGUUUUUGCCUGAAAGCAACAGCAUAUAAAUUCACUGCCUGUCAAAAGUUUGCAGACACCUCAUCAUAUAUUGAACUUUUUAUUUCAGCACAUUUAUUUUUAAAUAAGCCAUUAUUUUUUGGGGUUUUAAGAUCUAUAAUAGAAAUUCACUUUAUGGAAAAUCUUUAUCAAAUAGUUUAUGAGUAAAUUCAGUGUUUUAAUUCAGACUAGUAGAAAAUCUUAAUUAGUAAAUAAAAGUGCAAAAAUGACAUGUUAUAAAAUUCCAUGGCACACAGUGUCAAUGACACGAAGCACCAACAACCACUGGAGACAUAACAGCACCCUCUUGUGGAGAGUUUUUCGCCUGUAAGUGAAGUGAGUGAAUCAAUUAUUUUUUUUGUGAGGUUGGGUGAAAAUCCUCUCUAUCAUCAUUCCAGCAGACCUUACUGCAGCAAAGGGGCAAAACCCUAUUAAUACACCCCUGAUUUCAGAAGAAACGCUGGUGUCAGCAAACUUUUGCACAAAAAGUGUACACAGUACAAUAAUCAGCUAUAACAUUAAAAACACUACAUACCUGCUGAAGAAAACAACAUUGAUGUACGGUAUGUACAUAUGUUCCCGGGUACCCUAGAAUCAUUAUUGAUACUGCAGUCUCUCUGGCCACUUUAGAAAUUACAGGACUUGAAGAAUCUACUGUAAUGUUAUUCUUGGUACAGAUACCACAGAACACUUAGUGGGUUGGUGCUAAUAAUCAGGUGGUUUUAAUGUUAUGGCUGAUAGGUAGGGUUUUAAAUAAGAAAACAUAUCAAUUGAAAACAGUUUGGCAGACAGUGAGCUAAUUUCAGACAUGAGCUUUGGGGGAGGGGGAACAUGUUAUUGUCAUGGUGGCCAUCUUGUAUUGUAUGGUAUGUCAGUUUUCUGGUAUCAUAUACAAAAUAUUGUGUAACAAAUACAUUUACAUCAAUAUGAAGCACACCAUUAUUUUUCUGGUAAAAAUUGGUAGCAGUUUAAUGUGUCACAUGCCUUCCUUCCGAAAAAAAAAAAAA